AAAGAGUUCCAUCAGUCAAAUCAAAUUCGUAAAUAAGGCGGUCCAUUUCAAGAUGCCUCCAUUUAUGCGAAAAAAGCGGAAAUUGUAAUGAAUGGAUGCCUAUUUGAUAUGCCAAAUAUGCGGUGAAAAAUUAUCGUUUAAUCCAGAAUGUCCUUGUACUUUAGGCGAGCAUCUUAUCCGAAAGCAUCCUCGAGUGGAAAUGACUCAUUUUUCAAAUGAUAAUUUCUGUGUUUGUAGCAGUAAUUCCUCCAAACAAAAAUUGAAAAAAAAGUGUCCAAAAUCUGAUUUACCUUGCGACUGCACUUACUUUGAGAAACCCAGAAGAAAAACGUGCAUUUUUAAAACUUCAGUUGAAACAUGGAAGCCUGGACCUCUAAGAGUAUCGUGUCCGCAUUGUGGUGCUCUGGCAAGGCCAUGCAUACGACGGCAGAGAAACAGAGUUGCCUAUUCUCCAUUAGGUGCUUUUUGUCUCCUUGUUUGCUGGCCUGUAUGUUUUCUACCCUUCUUGAUGCCCGAAAGUAGUCAAAUUCAGUUGUUUUGUAAAGAAUGUGGUGCCUUUUUAGGUGAGUAUGAUAGAAAAUCUGGAAGAAUGAAAUGUCCUCCGUGCCCGAUAAAUGAAGCAUUUAAUAUCAAUCAGUUACCUCCAAUGUGUUAGAAUAUAAGUUAAUUUGAAAAACAACUUUAUAUUAAUUGAUUUAGAGGGUAGAUGAUAACUAUUUUUAAAUAUCCAGAAUUUUGAUAAAAUGUUUGGUUUAUCGUUUGUGUUCUCCAAAUAUAAACGACACACACUCGUCGGUUAUUGUACAGAAUAGGUACUGUAGUAGUAGGUUAACUGGAACUUUA